GAGCUGUCGGUCCGAAGGUGGAUGAGGCGGUUCUUGGUUUUAUGAAGCAGGAGAAGUACAUUUAAUUUCUUUUCAGUUCUAAAAGUACAGACUCGAGCUGCUCACCCACUCUUCUCUUAGAGGUCCACCUGCCAGAUAUCAGCCAUGGCUUCUAAGAAACACGCUAAAGUGCACAUCAAAUCCAAAGAUGGUACUAAAACCCAAUCAGCAAAUAAGUAUGGGAAGAAGGCAGACUCUGGGUCCAGUAGCAGCUUCUUCACCUGGUUCAUUGUGCUGGCCCUGUUGGGUGUCUGGACGUCUGUCGCCGUGGUCUACUUCGACCUGGUGGACUAUCAAGGAGUCCUUGACAAGGCUAAGGGCUUUCAAAUUAACCUGUCUGACGCCUUGCAAGGUAAACUGGUGGCAUACGAUACAGAUGGAGAUGGUGAUUUUGAUGUCGAGGAUGCUAAAGUUCUGCUAGGACUGAAAGAGAAGGCUGUGGUCGUCACUUCCCGUCGUGAAGAAGCUGCUUCUCCAGUGGGGACUCCAACAUUUGAACCAACACUUGAACCAACACCAGAAGCUAUUGUUGAGCCUGAGCCUGAGCUUGUGGAAGAUGUGAUUGAAGCUGCUGUAGCAGAGGACACUUCUGCACCACCACCAGAGCCUGAGGUGGCAGCAGAGCCUGAGCCAGAACCUGAGGCUGUGGAGACUCCUGAGGUGAUUGAAGAGGAUCCGGAGGUGUUGGAGGAGGAGCCUCCUGCCGUGGAAGAGGAGCCUCCUGCCGUGGAAGAGGAGGCUCCUGUGGAGGAGACUGUUUCAGUCGAGGAGGUUGAAGACCAACCAGAGGAGGAGGCAGCACCUGCCGAGGAGGAGGCAGCGCUUGAAGAGGAGGCAGCCCUUGAAGAGGAGGAGGCAGCGCUUGAAGAGGAGGAGGCAGCACCUGCAGAGGAGGAAGCAGCGCUUGAAGAGGAGGAGGCAGCGCCUGAAGAGGAGGCAGCACUUGAAGAGGAAACGGCUGUGGAGGAGGAGGCAGCACCUGAAGAGGAGGCAGCACUUGAAGAGGAAACGGCUGUGGAGGAGGAGGAGGGGCGGGCUGCUCAAGAGGAGGAGGAGGAGGAGGAACUUGCAGCAGAGGUGGAGGCUGCAGUCGAGGAGACCGAAGAAGAGGAGGAGGCUGCAGAUGAGCCGAUGGAAGAACCCGCUACACAGGAGGAGGAGGAGGAGGAGGAGGAGGAGGCUGAGGCUGCUGCUGCUGCUGAAGAGAUGGCAUCAGAUAUUGAGACUGUAGAGGAAGAGAGCGCUUCGGCAGAAGAAUCUCUUGAGGAGCCUGCUGAAGAGUAUGAAGCUGCUCCUACAGAAGAAGCUUUGGAGGAUGCUGUCAAUGAGGUAUUGGAAGAAGAGGAGGCAGCUCUAACAGAAGAAGCUGUUGAUGAUGUAGCUGAAGAAGAGGAGGCAGCGCCUUUCGAAGAAGCUGUGGAGGAGGUUGUAGAAGAGGAGGAGGCAGCACCUUUAGAGGAAACUGUCGACGAGCCAGCUGUUGAAGAUGAGGCAGCUCCAACAGAAGAGUCUGCAGACACAGAGGCUGCUACUGAAGAAGUAGUAGUGGAUGAGCAAAUAGUACCAGCAGCAGAGUUUGUGGAGACAGAAGAACAGAUUCAGGAUGAGCCCACAGAAACGUAAAGGUGGAGCAGGGACCCACUGACCUUGCAUCAGCACCAUCUGAGCGUGCUCAGAGCAGUGAUGCACCUCUCCACCUCCACAGAAAGAAUUGAGUUGUUAUGACAACACUUGUCCCCCAUCUGUUUCCCCCUCCCUCUGUUUUCACACCUUCCUUCAAAUGUUCCUUCUGGUAAAUGUGAGAUAAUGGAUGAAUUAUUAACUUUUACGGUACUCCUGUUUUUACCCUUCUUGUUUUCCCUGAAUCUCAUUCUUCUUCUUUCUUUAAGUAGAGCACCUAUUUCCAUUUUGUUUCAGGGUGAUGAGUUCUGCGUGGCCAGGCCAUGUGAAUUCUGUGUGCUCUGCAGCAGCUAGUUUACUGGAGUCUUAUCAGCAGGAGCUGUAACAUUACACUAGUCUGGAACUUGAUUUUAAAGUAUUUUAGUUUGGCUUCUUGGAGCUCAAUUCUUUUGCUCAGCAAACUUGAGGCCAAAGUGCAUGGCUGAGCCAGGAGAUUAGGGUCCAUACUGUGAGGUGUCUUUGUUGAGUCAGAAGCUUCAAAGAUACUAAACCUAGCUGGUGCAACAAAAAGACUCCGAACCGAACACUGCAAACUAUAUUUAAAGUAAUCAAAACUAAAAACCCUAAUGUUCUGCCACUCUAUUGCAGUGCAAGUUCAGAAUGUAGAAUCUCCAUUCAGCUACGUUUAUUUCUGGUCACUCUGUUGUAGAUUCUAUGCAAAGCUGUUGUGAUCUUCCUCACCCAGCCAGUUUAUUUACCACUCGUGUGUGUGAGUGUGUGUGUGUGUGUGUGUGUGUGUGCGCGUGCGCGUGUGUGCGCGCGCGCCCGUGUGUGUGUUUCCUACGAUGAGCAUGAUCUCUUCUAACCAACCCUCUCAGUGAUUCCUGAUGUACUUUUUGAGACUAUUGAACUCCUUUCUUCUUGUUUGUUCUCUAGCUCCUUUUCCUGUGUGUUUGUGUUCCGUCGAUGCCGAGCUGUUAAUUCUUUCCAGAUACGGUUACCAAGACCAUCUGAUUCGCCUAUCCAAUUAUUUCUAAAUGAAGUUGUAACCAUAAACUUCAGCUCAUUGAGUUUAAACUGUGAUGUAAAUUAGGACAUCAUCGAUGGUGCAAAGCUGUCCCACUGUGGUGUAGAGAUUGUUUUUUCAAAUCCACCAGCUAUACAUGGCUCCGGCCUAGCAGGCUGAUUCAGAUAGGAUAGAAACACUGAAGCAUGUAACCCUGUGUAAUCCACAGAGUUAAAUGGACCAGGUGUCAUAUUCAUUCCUGUGGAAGUCGGUCAUAGCUGACGGACACCAGUUAAAUGAUCCGACAGCUUUGUUUUUAUCAGUGGCAUGUUUUUUAUUUACCUAAAGGGAAAGUUGGUGACACGUCAGUCUUCCCUUCUCCUUUGUGACAUAAUCCACAUUUUCUUGGUGUUUAUUUCCAUCACUGAUCCUCGGUAGUAGAUGAUGUUUUGCUCGUUAUCAGAGAGCAAAACAUCAUCUUCCACAUCAUGCCAUCAAAAUCGUGGAAUUAAGAAAGCCAAUUGUGAGCAUUGUGCAUUUUAUUUUGAAGGUGAUGGCCAGAUCUGCAGGUAAUCAUCCUGUUGUAUCAGAAGAUAUUUUAGUUUUGGGACAAAAGGUGCAACACAUUCCUGUUGGGAUACUGACAAUAUACAAUAUGUAGAUCUGAUGUUUUAGGAUUAAUCACACUACUAUUCGUGGAAGAACAGAGACCAAGUAAAACAUACCUCUUUUUUAUUCUGUUUGGUGUCACAGACCCACUUGUGUUUUGUCCUGACAUUGUGUAACUAUACCAGAAGGUGUUCAUGGUGUGAAGGAGAAGUUUUUGUAGGAUGUCUCGCCCACUAGCUGGUAUUUUCUACUUCCACACUUUGUAAGUCAAUGUGAACUGUAAAACCUUUUUAACAUUGAAGAUUACAGUCUUUACCAAGAGAGAGCUUCUAGAUUUUUAAAAGUAACAUUGAAAAAAAACAUUUUCUGAAAAUACGUUGAAAGCUUUUCACAAAGCCAUCAUUUGUUUUUGACAGGCAGGUUUAAGUGGCUGUGCUACUUCAGGACAACUUUUUAUUCUCUAACAAUACAAAAGGAAGAGCAAUAAAAUAAAGCCGCAGACCAACCAGGUGGAACAGAUCUCCACAUUGCUGGUCUUCGACAUGGACAGCGUGGCUCCCACAGUUGUUGACUUGGUGUCUGCUGGAAACGUACAAGGGCUGCAGUCAAUGAAGCUCCACAAUAUUAUUAUGAGGAGGGAACAUUGUUGGUGAACAACUGCCUCAGCGUUGUCUGCAGGUCGAAUACUAAUGGGAUUAAAUUAUUGUGAAGUACUGAUGGAUUGUGGAGAUUUGAAGUUUUCUGUAAAUGAUCUUUUGCUGCAAUAAAAGGUUUGGGACAACAUGG